AUGUGCGACGCAUCCUUACUUGCUAAUCUGCCUGGGGAGAUACAUCUUAAGAUUUUAUCUUAUCUAAGUCCCAUGGACCGCAUAUGUCUUAAGGUAACCUCGACCUACUUCAAUAAUGUCAUACCCAAGUUAUCUCCGGAAGAGCUUCAGGACGCCGAGUUAUCAACAUCAGCUGAGACCAAAGACCUAUACGGCUGCUAUGACUGCCUUCGACUCAGAUCAGUAGACCGUUUCGCAGAUCCGCAAUUGAGAAAAAAAAGGGGCAGGUUUGGCCGUGAGAGCAUGAAACGAUUCUGCGUCGAGUGUGGUCUAGCAGAUUGCGAAGGCAGAAAUCCUCGGGUACGAUACGUCAGGGGGAACCACAUUGAUAUUCAGGGCGUCCCUUAUAUUAUCUGCGAGAAUUGCAAUCGGUUUGGUCUAAAGGCGAAUGAGGACGACCAUACGAGUACAAAACUGUGCGUCACUUGUUGGAGACCUCGUUAUGAAAGGCGUAUGCAGGAGGAGGAGAGCACACGCAGAGCUGAACGAGAGCAGCGACGAGCGACACGGCGAGCACAAAUGCGGAGUCUUGGCUACAGUUCUUCUGAUUGGGAGGAUAGCUGUCCACCAUCUCCGACGUGGAGUGAGGAGCAAAUGGCCAUGAUACAAUCUGAGGCAGACAUGUACAUGAACAGUCCUAAGGCAUCCGAUUAG